UUUGGACCUUCCUUCUUUUGGUAUCCCCUUUUCUUUCCCUCUUUGCAGCCUAAGCUACCAAUUCCAUUCUUCUCUCCUUCAAAAUUCUGUCUUUGGGUCAUCUUAUUUUGCCUAACCAAACAAGGAUAUAUUAUGGGCGAUGAUGGGGAGAUUACACACAAUCAACCCAUAAUCUCAAGGUUUAAAAGGGUCUGUGUUUUUUGUGGGAGUAGUGCUGGCAAGAGAAAUUGCUACCGUGAAGCCGCCGUUGAGCUCGCCGGAGAAUUGGUCUCAAGGAGAUUAGACCUUGUUUAUGGUGGAGGAAGUAUUGGCUUAAUGGGACUUGUCUCUCAAGAGGUUCACAACGGAGGUGGACAUGUGAUAGGAAUAAUCCCGAAAACAUUGAUGCGUAAAGAGAUUACUGGGGAAACAGUUGGGGAGGUCCGACCAGUUGCCGACAUGCAUCAAAGGAAAGCGGAGAUGGCCCGCCACUCUGACUGUUUCAUUGCCCUCCCAGGUGGAUAUGGAACAUUGGAAGAGCUCCUCGAAGUCAUAACGUGGGCCCAGCUCGGUAUCCACGACAAACCGGUGGGUUUGCUUAACGUUCAUGGUUAUUACAACUCGCUUCUCUCCUUCAUCGACAAGGCUGUGGAUGACGGCUUUAUCAUGCCAUCUCAACGUAGUAUCAUCGUCUCUGCCCCUAACGCUAAGGAGCUUGUUCAAAAGCUCGAGGAAUACGUGCCCGAUCAUGACGGCGUCAUGGCAAAGGUCAAAUGGGAAGAUGAACAGAUGGAGCUGAACGUCAGUUUGCAGACAGAAUUCUACCGGUGAAA